AUGGCUGAGAGUCUGUCAAAAUCUGUGAAAAUGGGUCCAAUUUCAUUGUCUGGACCAACUGAGUUUGAUGUAAUGAAGAGUCGUGAACUUGAAAGGUAUUUGCGCAACGAUGCAGGGAUUUAUGAGUGUAGGGAGGAGUCUGUGAUGAGGGAGGAAGUUCUGGGCAGACUUGACGAGAUUGUAAAGCAAUGGGUUAAAGCAGUUUGCCAAGCCAAAGGUUUGGGUAAGGAAUUUGUAGAAGAAGCAAAUGCCAAGAUUUUCACCUUUGGGUCAUACAGGUUAGGAGUUCAUAGCCCUGGUGCAGAUAUAGAUACACUCUGCGUCGGACCGGCAUACGUAACAAGAGAAGAGGGUUUCUUUGGGGAGCUGUACAAGAUCUUGUCUGAAAUGCCAGAAGUUACUGAGUUGAAUCCUGUGCAUGAUGCUUAUGUUCCAGUUAUGAAGUUCAAGUUCAAUGGGGUUUCCAUUGAUCUUGUUUAUGCAAGACUAUCGCUUUCGGUUAUUCCUGAAGACUUGGAUUUGUCACAUGACUCGAUCCUACAACAUGUCAGUGCUGGUGAUGAACAAACUGUUCGAAGCCUCAAUGGUUGCAGAGUUACAGACCAAAUUCUGAAGUUAGUCCCAAAUAUUCAGAAUUUUCGCACAACAUUAAGGUGCAUUAGAUUAUGGGCAAAGCGUCGCGGUGUUUAUUCGAAUGUUGCAGGGUUUCUUGGUGGUAUAAACUGGGCAUUGCUUGUGGCUUUCAUAUGCCAACUGUACCCAAAUGCAUCUCCUAGUGUACAGGUGUCUCGGUUCUUCAUGGUCUAUACUCAGUGGCGUUGGCCAAAUCCUAUAAUACUCUGCCCUAUCAAAGAAGGGCUUGGACAACAGGUUUGGGAUCCAAGAAAAAAUGUAAGAGACAGGUACCAUGUCAUGCCUAUAAUUACUCCCGCUUAUCCUUCCAUGAAUUCUAGCUACAAUGUGUCGUGCAAUACUUUGAGUAUCAUGACAGGGGAAUUUCAGAGGGGAUAUGACAUUUGUAAGGCCAUGGAAAUUGCAACAGAUAAGGAGGCUGAUUGGGGUACCCUUUUCGAGUCGUAUGCUUUCUUUGACGCACAUAAAUGGUACUUGCAGAUAUUCAUAAGUGCAGGUUGUGCUGAUGACUUUAGGAAAUGGAAAGGCUGGGUUGAGUCGCGGCUUCGUCAACUAACACUAAUAGUUGAGAAUGAAACUCACGGCAAGUUGCAGUGUCGCCCAUACCCUGGUGAUUUUUCAGAUAAAUCCCUAACUUUUCAUAACUGCUCAUUCUUCAUGGGAUUACAACCUAACCCACAAUUUCCAGCCAAUAGAGGUGAGAAGCUUCAUUUUGAUCUAACUAGAUGUGCUGGUGAGUUUAAGUGGGCUGUGAAGAAUGGUUAUACAUCAAGGAAGACUGGAAUGGACAUUGGCGUGUCCCUUGUAAAGAAAAUCCCUGAGUUCGUAUUUCCUGGAGGGAUCCGACCUUCGUGUACACCUAAUGUAACUAGGGAGAGAAGGAAACGUUCCCCUCAACCAGAGACUUCAAGUGAUAUAGAUGAAGGUAAGUCUAAAGCAACUGUUCUAGAUGGAACAUGUAGGGAUCAGAAGAGAAAAAGGGAGUAUAAUGCUGGUGUAGUGACUCACCCCUCAUCUAGGCACCCCAAGUCUAUGAGGUGUAACCCACCAGUCGACACUCUUGUUGCCGAUGCAUCUUCUAAUCAAGCAGAGAAACUGGCACCAGAGCCAAAUGUUGCAGACCAAGCUUUGCCAAAACAAAGGGAUGAGCGUGAAGAUGAUCGACAUCAAGUCAAAGAAUUUGCAGGUGGGAACAUGAGCAGCGGUCACGUAAUGAGGGAAAUAAAAUAUGACAAUGCACCUAGGCCUUCCGCUGCUUCUUCAUAUAAUGACAACUUGGAGGAACUUGAAGUGCUGCACUAUCAAACCCCUCCUCAACCUGUGGUGAAGCCAAUCAUAAGAGUGAAUUUCAUUUCAUGUUGA